AUGUUGAAACUCUAUCGCGCCACGUGCCUUUGGCCUUUUCUCAUCGCUCUCGUCGCCUCGGGCCUCGUCUGGCCCGAUGGUGCUGCACUAGAUACCCAGGUGAUCUUGCCUGGCCGGGAUAACAGUAACGACGACAACAACAGGCAAGAUGAUCAGCAACAGAUCCCUUCCAGCUGGCCUCCUCCUCAGCAGAUCUCGAAGACUGGCGGCUGGGUCUCGCUCAACCGCGCUGUCACCAUCGUCACCGACAAUGGCACCGACGCUGCCACCAUCAAUGCUGUCAAGGCCAUCGUCUCUUCCGCUGGCGGCACAGCCACUCUCUCGUCACAGCUCUCGGGCCAUGGCACGCAGAUUUUAAUUGGGGCCGAGAAGGCAGACGGUGUUGCUGUUGCUGCCGCCAACGCGCUCACGGGAAAAUCUGCGAAUGGCCUCGCCCCCGAGGGCUACGUCCUUGCAUCGGGCAAGUACCAGAACCAGGACACCGUUGUUCUCAAUGGUGUAGAUACGCGCGGCACAUUCUACGCCGCCCAGACCCUGCGACAGCUCGUGGAUAGUCGCCAGGGGAUCCCUGGCGUCAAGGUGCGCGACUGGCCCCUUAUGCCCAUCCGUGGCUCUAUCGAGGGCUUCUACGGCGUGCCAUGGUCUCACCAGGCGCGUCUCGACCAGUAUGUCUUCUACGGCAAGCACAAGUUGAACACGUACAUCUACACACCCAAGGACGACACGCUCCUCCGCACCAACUGGCGUGACCUUUAUGACAGCAGUGGCCUUGUGCAGCUGAAGGAGCUUGUCGAGACUGCCAACGCCAACCACGUCGACUUCACAUUUGCUCUCUCGCCCGGUUUGAGUAUAUGCUACUCAUCCGACUCGGACUUCAAUGCUACCGUUGCCAAGUUUGACCAAGUCCGCGCCCUCGGCGUCCGCAGCUUCUACGUCGCUCUGGAUGACAUCCCUCUCGCAUUCCACUGUGAUUCAGAUAAGCAGAAGUGGCCCAACCAGGGCAACUGGCAUUGGCUUGCCGACGCCCAGGCUUACUAUCUCAACCGCAUCCAGAAGGACUAUGUCGAGGCGAACGGCCUCAUGGACCUCGAGACGGUCCCGACCAACUAUGCCGGCAGUGCACCGGACCCGUACAAGGGCGAGUUCGGCACCCAACUGAACAAGAAGAUUCGCAUCCAGUGGACUGGAGAAGGCGUCUUCUCAGCCAGCGUCACCGUCGAAAGCGUCGUCCGCGCCGACUCGACCUACGUCACGGACAAGCUAUUCUUCUGGGACAACUUUCCCGUCAACGACGACAAGCCCAACCGCCUGUUCCUGAACCCGCUCACGGGCCGCGAUGCCGUCCUGUACCAGCAUCUGCUCGGCUUCACCUCGAACCCGAUGGUGCAGCCGUACGCCUCCAUGGCAGCACUCGCCAACUACGCCGACUACACGUGGAACGGGCCGGCGUACAACGCAACGGCCUCCAUGGCCACGGCACUGCGGGAGCUCGUCGGCGGAAAUGACGCCGUGUACAACGCCGUUGUCGCCUUUGCCGAUCUCAACCAAAACUGGCCGUAUCGCACUCCUGCCAUCAACGCGCCCCAGCUCAGCAAGGACAUGGCCGCCUUCUGGGCCGCGCGCAACGCUUCUGCCAAACACGCCGACGGCACCCGAGCGCUGCGCGAUCGUCUCCAACUGCUCACCUCGCUGCCAGACGUGCUCCCCCGCAUGGCUGUGGAGGGAUUCGCCGCCGACGUGGCACCCUGGUCGACGCUGGCGAUGCAGUGGGCAACCGCGUGCCAGCAUUUGGUCGCCAUGCUGGACGCGCUUGACAAGGGGCAAAGGGACGAGGCUGCGAGGGAGUUUGCCGCUGCCCAGAAGUGGGUGGGCAAGACGGCGGCCAAGACGGUCACUGGCCUCGAUGGCAAGGGGCAGGUUGUGCCUAACUUUAUUACUCCAACUACCGGCGAUGGCGUGUUUGACCAGUUUCUCGCCAACGCUACUGCUGCAUAUAAGGGCCGGUAG